GUGCCGACCCGGAAGUUAUUCCAGCAGAGAUCCAGCGUGUUUUUAGUGAGGCAGCUGCGUGUUAACAUCAUGGGUAAGUCCAAACAGAUAGGAAACCACAAUAAUGGCAAGAAGAAGAAUAUUGCAAAGACUUGGAAGACUAAACGCAGGACGAAGGACCUUGACCAGAUUCAUGCAGACAUGAUCCCAGAAAAUGCUGCCAAGUUGCUAAAGCAAGAUGUAGAUUAUGAUGUCACAGGCUGUGCCCAGAAUUACUGCCUCCACUGCGCGAGAUACUUUGUGGAUUUGAGAUCCCUGAAGGAGCAUUUCAAGACCAAAGUCCAUAAAAGACGGCUGAAGCAGCUAAGGGAAGAGCCGUAUACACAGGCGGAGGCAGAGAGAGCGGCAGGAAUGGGCUCCUACAUCCAACCUAAAACUGUAGAAGUUCACACACAGCAGGUCGAGGAGGAAAUGGACUAAAGUAGGGCUCUGUUCGGCCUCUCUGUGGACUUUCUUCUUUUUUUCUUUUUUUUUUUUUUUUUUUGUAAAAACACAUUUGGUCUGGACUGUUUCAGUGCGGAAAUUAAUUUAUGGAGAUGGAAUGAGAUGCUAAAUCUUCAUUUAAACUCCUACAGUCCAGUUUCUGGUACUGUAUAUUCCAUGUAUUGGAGAAGCCCUGGAACAGCUGGCUUCAGUUUCAUACAUGUGAAUGUGUUAACUGGUGUGAAAUUAUGACAAGAUGUUAAAGAUAAAGUCUGCUCAAAACAAGCAACCAUCUGGAACUGAAAACAUUGCAAUGUUCAGUAUGUAUAUAUUACAGUAUUGUUAAAUGUGCUGUAUUGAGUUGCAAUAAAAUUUAAAUCCCAAUGAUUAUUUCCCCCCAAAUGAUUUCUAAAUAAAAGUUUAUAGUAUUUA